GAGAGUGAGUUCAACAGUUUUCAAUCGGAUGGAAGGAUUCGAGUCUGGAGAAAACCCAAUAGCGAAUUCGAAAGAAGCAAUACAUGUGGAUUACUGACGUGUAAAACGAAGUGGUCGGCUUUACUAGCAGGAUUUUAUAAAAUGGCACUUCUUCGUUGCUUCUCCUGUCUUGCGAAGGAAAAUGAUGAAAUUAUUUUAGAACUAGAUUUUAGCAAUAAUGCGCUAACCGAUAUCUUCCCUAAUGUUUGGCAGCAUGAGAGAACAUUAGAAGAACUCUAUUUGAGUUCGGCACACAUAAAAAGCCUUCCGCCUGAACUUUUUUAUUGUCAGAAUCUACGUGUUUUGGUAGUAAAUAACAAUAAUUUAGAAUCAAUUCCGAAUGCUAUUUCUGCACUACGGCAGUUACAAACACUAAAUUUGAGUCGAAACUCAAUUUCCACUGUUCCGGACAAUAUGAAAUCGUGCAAAAACUUAACGAAUUUAGAUUUGAGCUGUAAUAAUUUAAAGCGCCUUCCUAACGCGUUAACCAGCCUUAUUACCCUAAAAGAAUUAUUUUUAAACGAAACGUGUCUGGAAUUUUUGCCAGCAAAUUUUGGUCGUUUGAUUAAUUUGGAAGUCCUUGAGUUACGGCUAAACAACCUUAUCACAUUACCAAAGUCUAUGGCGCGUCUGACAAAUCUUUUGCGACUUGAUAUAGGAUAUAACGAGUUUACUGAUCUGCCGGAAGUAGUUGGUGAAUUGAAACAAUUGCGUGAACUGUGGAUAGAUUUUAACCAAAUUAAUCGAGUUUCGACUAGUGUUGGCAAAUUGCGUGAUCUUUUACAUUUCGAUGGCGCUGGCAAUAACAUUAGUAUACUUCCAAUGGACAUGUGUAAUUGGCGGAACAUUGAGAUGUUGUCUUUGUGCGGAAAUAAUUUAAGUAGAUUUCCAUUUAGUAUUGGCUCGUUGAAGUCUCUAGUUACAUUGAAAUGCGAAUCGAACAAUGUGCGACAAUUACCUGAUAGCAUUUCUAAUUUGGAAUAUAUUGAAGAGCUGGAACUCAGUCACAACAAUCUUACCUGUUUACCAACUACAAUUGGAAUGUUACGGAAGUUACGUUACCUCUUUGUCGAUGACAAUGACCUUAUUUCUUUACCAGAUGAAAUAUGCAGCUGCAGCGAAUUAAGGAUUUUGAGCAUAAGCAGAAACAAGAUAUCCGAGUUGUCAAAAAGUACCGGCCGACUUACUAAUCUUAGAGUUCUUAAUAUAGUAAAUAAUCGAAUAUCCUCACUACCUCUAUCUGUCCUGAACCUAACGAAUUUAACGUCAUUGUGGAUAAGUGAUAACCAGUCACAACCUCUCGUGCCUUUACAAUAUCUGGAUAUCAAUACAAAACUAGAACUAACUUGUUUUAUGCUACCGCAAGUAAGCAAAUGUAUGAGUACAUACAAUUAUGAAACCCGCUCACCAAGUUUUUCUAAUGAUCCUCAUACUUUCAAACGAUCAAUAGAAAAUAUUGAAUAUGGUAAUUCUUACCGACAUGAGUCCCAAGCAAAUAACUCUUAUCCAUUACGUCGAAUCUGUUUUGCAGAAAAGACAAUUAUUAUGAGCGCUCCACCGAAAGAAGUAUUGCCUCGCAGAUUUGAAAUUGUUAGCGAUACGACGAACAACCAAGAAGCAAACACUAUUCAAAAUAUUAGUGUUUCAAAAAAUAACUUAACAUAUAAUGAUGUCGUGGAUGGGAGUAUGCGCUUAAUGCGCUCUCCUACACCGUAUCCGAAAGAAUUACGCUUGUUGGCUAAGUAUAUUCGCAACGAUCGAAGACCGAGUGGAUCGGAGCUGUUAAGAGUUCAAGAGGCACGCGUGUUUUUUAGUAGUGACAACUGCAAUUCAUAUAGCUUAAUUGAAAAUAUGGGAACAGAUGUACUGAAUAUAGAUGAUUCAUCACUACUAGCUGACAAUAGUAAUGUAACGAGAAAUCAUCAUCAAAUGGAUCACAAUACCAAUGGCCUUACACAGUUCGAGUCAGUCUCUGAAAGCGAUACACAAGAAUCUAGUUACUUAACCUCAUUACCAAAUCUGCGUUCACAAUGCCACUUAACUUCUGAAUUGGAUGACGUGAGUAAUAACUUAGCAGUCACUCUACUUAAACCUCCUCCAUAUGACAUUGCUCGCAUAUUUACAAGAAAGAGUGCUAAGGAUCUGAUAAAUUAUGAAAUAAUACGGUAUCACCAGCAAUUUAUCCAUGAAAACUCCAAUCAUAAUGAAGGAAAAGAAAUUGGACAACAUCCUGAGGAACAUAUACUAAGUAAAUAUAACCGCCGAGGAAACGUACAUCAGUUCAAAGACCUUGAAGAAUCUGCUGAGCAGCAAAAUGAGACGGAUAGAAAACUUCACUCACUUUCGUAUCCAUCUACCAGCAGUGCACCAAAUGAUUCCAUUCUAACCUCUGGAAGUAUUAUUACAAUGGAUAAUAAAAAUAUUAAAUACACGCUUCAAAAACCUGUUUUAAAAAAAAGACCUUGGUUGUUCGGAGUACAUAAAAAUCCGACUGUGAUACAAGUUUCUUUGAAAUGGGAUGAUCACGUUGGUUUUGACAUAGAGGAAUUACCUCAUAAGGAAGGUGUAUACGUCGCAACCACUGUCCCAAAUACAAAUGCCGCUCGUUUUCUUUGUGCAAGUGACAAGCUGCUCGAGAUCGAUGGGCAUGACUUAACUAAUCUAAACGUUUUUGAUGCUAAAUCGAUUAUUUCAAGAUCUGGCCAUACGAUGCAUAUAAUGCUAUCACGCAAAUAAACUAGACUUAGAUAUACACAUAUUUCUCGUUUACUGCAAUACUGUAAUAGAUAAAAAACAGUUAAACAUUUAUAUAUGUUACAUUGUGUAAAUAGCUGUUAGUAUUUUAUUAAAAUAUGUAUAUAUGUAGGUCUUAUGCCAAUUUGAGAAUUUGAGAAUAUGUCCAACAAGUCUGGAUAAGUGCGCUUCCAAUCGAGCAAAUAUGUAAAUAUAAAAACAGGAGUAAUUUACUUUUUCUAUAAUUGAUUUAAUCAACUUAUAAUUUGCACUGUUUCAUGCCAUUAUUCUCUCACACUGAAAAUUUAUUUUGUUUAGUUUUGAUCCAGAAAAUUGUUUUUUCGUGCACGUAUCCGGUUCUUUUCACCAACUUUUUAUAAAUAUUGUCCUGCACAAGAGUAAGAGUAUGCGCAAUAAAAGAAGUGCUACAUAUUAAAAAUUUAAUUAAUUAAUAAUAUUUUUAUAAAAAUUUAUUUUAUACAAAAUAAAAAAAAAUUAAACAAAUUUUCAGCAAAA